AUGCAAGAUACUGAGGGAUUUAAGAUUGCAAAGUCGGUGAAAGAUUUUAUCCCACGUGCCUUCAGGCCGGGCAGGGCAGGGAAGAGGUGGCCGCUGGUGAAAGCCUAUGUGCACUUCCUGGAGAUGAGCCUGGAAGCCAAGAAUGUCUGUGUCCUGCUGUCACAGAGCCAGCUGUUUGAGGAGCCUGAGCUGACCCAGCGUUGCUGGGAGGUCAUUGAUGUGCAGGCAGAGAUGGCCCUGUGGUCCGAGGGCUUCUGCGAGAUCAAUUGGCAGACCCUGGAGGUCGUCGUCACCCAGAAGGCCCUCAACACCAAGGAGGCGGUGGUCUUUGAGGCCGUGCUCAACUGGGCCGAGGCCAAGUGCAAGUGGCAGGGCCUGCCCGCCAUCCUGUGCAACAAGAGGCACGUCCUGGGGCCAGCCCUCUACCUGGUCCGCAUUCCGACCAUGACUUUGGAGGAGUUUGCCAAUGGUGCUGCCCAGUCGGACAUCCUGAUGCUGGGGGAGACCCACAACAUCUUCCUGUGGUACACAGUGGCCAACAAGCCCACACUCGACUUCCCGGUGACCAAGAGGCAAGGCCUGUGCCACUGCUUCCAGUCCUCGGCCUACUGCAGCAACCAGUGGCACUACCAGGGGUGCUGUGACAGCAUCCAGUUUGCGGCAGACAGGAGGGUAUUUGUGGCGUGGCUGCGUCUGUACGGGUCCAGCUCCAGGAAAGCCGAGUACAGUGUGAAGAUCGAGCUCAAGUGCCUGCGGGUGGUCCUCGCCCAGAACCUGACCAGGUUCGUGUCCGACGGCUCCAGCAGCACCUUCCCGGUCUUGUUCGAGCACCUGGUGCAGGUGGAGCAGGACACCUUCUACAUGGCCAGCACUGUGCUGGACAGCAGUGAACUCAGCUACUUUGGGCAGGAGGGCCUGACGGAGAUGCAGUGCGGGAAGGUGACCUUCCAGUUCCAGUGCUCCUCCGACAGCACCAACGGCACCGGGGUGCAGGGAGGGCAGAUCCCCGAGCUCAUCUUCUAUGCUGGAGGCCAUGGGCAUGCAGGCUCUGAGGGCACAGAGGGCCGCACCCUUUCUCCUCGCCAGGACAAGCUUCAGGACUCCUAA